GCGUGCGCAUCUUUAACUCGCAAAAUGUGGAAUAAUCAAGUGGAUAUUUGUGUGCUGAUCUUUUGUGGAUUAUGUUUUGUCCUGGCAGCGGGCAAAGUGCCAACGAAACCGCAAUCAAACAGUUGGCGUGAUUUGAUUUUUGGUGGCAAAUGGUUUUCGUCAUCGCCGCGUUUACGCGAAUCUAAGUUUCUGCCCAUCUUUGCCUUUGUGCCCAUCGGACCGAGCAGCUGUUCGGCUCCUUCAGGCGAGUUCGGCAACUGCAUUCCCAGCAAGGAUUGCCUCGUCCGUAAUGGAAUUCCAGCAGGACCUUGCGGCGGAGGCUAUGGCGUCUGUUGCAUAUUUCUUCAAACCUGCGGCGGCAUCAUACGUGAGAACUCCACGUACUUUGUGAAUCCGAAUCAUCCGGAUGUCUACGAUGGCACAGGCAGCUGUCAGGUGACAGUGCAAAAGCUGCAUCCGGACAUAUGUCAGUUGCGUCUGGACUUGGACAUGUUCUCCAUAGCACCACCCGAGGCGGCAAAUCAUCUGUGCAAUCAGGAUCAACUGCUGAUCUCGGGUGGCAGUCCCACUCCCACAAUUUGCGGCAGUUCUACAGGCGAUCACAUGUACAUUGAUGCUGGACUGGGACAGAGCAAUCCGAUUGUGCUGUCUAUUAUCACAAGUGGCAGUUUUCCGCGUCUGUGGCGCAUUCGCGUCACCCAAAUCCAUUGCGGCAGCAUAAGUCGAGCGGAUCAGGGUUGUCUGCAGUACUACACAGCGAUCAGUGGACGAGUGCGCAGCUUUAACUACAACACAGUGGGGGGAAGACAGCUGUCGAAUCAGGAUUACAGUAUUUGCAUACGCAACGAACGCAACUUCUGUGGUAUUCAGUACAAUGCGUGUCCCGAUCUUGAGAACAAUCGUUCAAGGGCUUUCACUAUAUCGGGCAACUCUAAUAAUCCAGUACCUACUAUGGUGGGUGGUGGUGGUGGCGGUGGUGUUGCAGUACCCACUGGCAGUGGUUGCAUCAGUGAUUGGUUGCUCAUCGGUUGCAUACGCUCAGCGGAUCGCAUUCCACCGCUGCCUGGCUGCGAGGAUCGCGUUUGUGGCGGCACUUUUAGCGCCGAGGCGGGCAUGUUGGCCAGAACAGUGCAGUCCAGCGUGCGUCCUUUCCGACUAUAUUUCCAUACAGAUGGCGUGGAAGCCCCCAAUGAUAUUGAUAAUCGCGGCUUUUGCCUCGAUUAUGUGCAACAACCUUGCACAAGUGGCUACUAAGCGUGUUUCAUUUAAUAAAUAUGUAUUUUAUUUAUUUUCGUAGUUAAUUUAAGGCUAAGUUUAUAAUUAAUUUAAGUUAAUUUAGAAAGCACAAAUUAAAAAUGUUCCCCACAC